ACCCCGAGUGCGGAUGGGGUGGCGGAUCUUCAGGUGAUCCGAAGAGAGAUGUGGAGAGUAGGAAGGUGGAGAGGGAGGUGGAGGUGGGUAUGGCGGACGUGACUGGGUUGAGGUGAUGGUUGUGGUGGUGUUUGGUGUGUGUGUGUGUGUGUGUGUGUGGUUGUUGAGGAUGGAAGUGGUUUGGAUGACUAGGAUGAUGGCGUGACUGGCUGGUGAUGGUGGUGGUGUUGCAGGGGGGGGAUUGGAAUGGUUGUAGGGAGUGUUGGUAGUGAUGGUGAACGUGACUGGCUUGUGGUAAAGGUGGUUGUGGUUCUUGAGGAUGGUGGUGGUUGAGUAAUAGUGGUGGGGGUAGCGGACGUAACGGUGUUGUGGUUGUUGGGUGUGGUUGAGGGUUGGGGUGGUGGUGGUAGUUGGGAGUGGUGGUGUGGUAGUGGGGGCGGUGGCGGUGGUGGUAGUGGUGAUGGUGACGCUACAGUUGUCAGGGUUUAUAGAGAUGGUCGUGUGUGUGUGUGUGUGUGUGUGUGUGUGUGUGUACUCCUGUAAUCAGCAAACUGCAGUCACUCGUUCGCUUGUUUCACCUCCCUGCUUCAGGCCUUCCUUCUCUCCCCUCCUCUCCUUCCCCGCUCCCUCGCCUGCCUGCCACCCUCUCCCCUCUCUUCCUCGCCUGCUCUCCCCUGCUCCUCGUGUCCUAGGUAACCCAUGAACUACCCCUAACAAUUGUGAUGAAGAACCAGAAGUGGGCUGUAGGUGACGAGAUAACUACUCCAGGUCAUGGCGGAAGUGGCGAGGUGACCCCAUACAACUCCACAAGGUCGUGGAGGACGCCAGGCAUAGUCCUGCAGACUCCAGAAAUUCAUAUCAACACCACCUUGACUCCUUCUGCUAGCUGGCGAAGGCCACGUGGUCACCUACACUCAGCCAUCCACCUCACCUGGACACCCACCUGCCCCGGACAUCAUCCAGCCGCAAGAACCCAGAUAAGCACUUCCGGGGUCCUUGGUUUUGAUUAGCUAGCUAGUUUAGUUAGGGGUCACUUGCUGUAGAUAGGAACCCUCCUCGGUCUUCUUUUUUUUUUUUUUUUUUGGUGUAACGCUGUGCUCCACGUGAGUGAUAAACAUUGUUCAUCUUUUAUUUUUUUUCCUGAAGACCAGUUGAUGUGGUUAUCUUGGAGGUUAACGGAGAAGAGUACUUUACACCUGUGUUUUUAUUUAUUUUCUUAUAAGUCACUUUUUGCUUUUUGUUGAUUACUAUUUAUUUAUUUAUUUUUAUUGAAAAAUGAGUGUGAAUGCAGCACAAUAUAUAAAGGUGUGCAUUCCAGAGUGAAAGGAAGGCGUGCACAGGAUGCAGUGCCUUUUUUAUCACCAGACCUUGAUUGAUUGAAGCAAAUGAAAACUUUGGUAUGAAUUGUUCUCUUUCCAAGGGUUGAGGAGAACAUGGUCGUGGUUCAAGUGAAGCCACUACAGCCACUGCCUGACAAGUCUUCCACACUGACAGUGGCAGCAAACACACAAGGGAGGAUGGUGUGGUGGACAAGAGGAUGCAGGGAGACGGCAGACAGAAUGGAAGCUAAAGAUGAAAGAAGAGCAGGUCAAGCCAUGGCAGCAGACAGACAGACAGAGACAGAUUGGAUCAGAAAGUAUUAUUAUUUAGUGAGACAGGCCCACUGGAAGCUGUCAGUCUGCUGCGGCACGUGGCAAGAACCAAGUGUUGAGGAGCACACGUUGUCCCUUCACCAGUCAGCAGACUGCUCGCCUUCACAGGUCUGGGCGGCUCGGAAGUCUCACUACAAACUGGAGAUCCAUUCUCUUGGACACAGUUGGAGUCGGACACAAGAUUCAAGAGGGAGUCAUUUUAACGAGAGCUUCAGGCAGAAAAUUCGAGUGGAUUUUCAUUUCUAAAAAUAUCUUAUUUUUUGGGGGGGAUAUUUUGAAUCCUUCUUUGUGGAAAAAUAACUCCAGAUAUUAUGAUUCUAGCUGGAAGUUGACCUGAGCAAUGUAGGGUUUGCUGCUGUGAGAUUAUCACCAAGGCACAAGUGUCCGGGAUUUAAAGAUGAUGGAAAUGUGUCCUGUGUGCUGCUGUGCUGGGAAGAGGAGAGGAGCAGCAGCAGUGGUGGGGCUCUGCUGCUGCUGUCACUAGUGCAGCUGCCUUCCCUCAACAUACUGUGUCUUCUCUCACCUGCAAUGAACAACUAUGAACAAUACUUUUGCGAUGAAGAACAGUGAAUAACACCUCUCCCCAUAUGGUUGCAAGUCUCUCUCUCUCUCUCUCUCUCUCUCUCUCUCUCUCUCUCUCUCUCUCUCUCUCUCUCUCUCUCUCUCUCUCUCUCCACAGUCCUACAGUAUGUCCCCCACAGUAUGUUUACAAACCCACAGUGACUCCCCACAGUCCCUCACCAACACCCUCACCAACAAUUGUCUCCACACACACACACACACACACACACACACACACCAUUACAUACACAAAUGUUGCAAUCUUGUACACACACACACACACACACACACACACACACACACACACACACACACACACACACACACACACACACACACACACCAUUACAUACACAAAUGUUGCAAUCUUGUACACACACACACACACACACACACACACACACACACCAUUACAUACACAAAUGUUGCAAUCUUGUACACACACACACACACACACACACACACACACACACACACACACACACACACACACACACACACACACACACACACCAUUACAUACACAAGUGUUGCAAUCUUGUACAGUGUCUACAAUAAAGAAUGAAACCAAAA